CAGCGGCCUCCCCUGCCUGUGGCUGGCUUCCUUGGUGGUGGUGCUGCUCCAAUCUAGCAGGGGAGUCGAAUCGAUGGCGGCGUGGUCGUCGUCGCCGUCGCUUCGCCACCUCCUCCUCCUCCGCCCGCGCUUACCUCUCGGCCCCACCUGCCUCGCCGGCUCCUUCUCCCGUCGCCACAUCCACAGCCACAGCCGCCGCCGCCUCUUCUCCUCCGCAUCCUCCUCGACGCUGACCCACGGUGACGAGGCCUCGACCCAUGUUGAUGCUGGCGGCGUUGUCGACGUCAACCCGCCGCGCGGCACCAGGGACUUCCCGCCGGAGGACAUGCGCCUCCGCACCUGGCUGUUCGAUCAAUUCAGGGAGGUCUCCCGCCUCAUGGCCUUCGAGGAGGUGGACUUCCCCGUCCUCGAGUCGGAGGCGCUCUUCAUCCGAAAGGCAGGGGAGGAGAUCACGCAGCAGCUCUACAACUUCGAGGAUAAAGGGGGUCGCCGUGUUGUUCUCAGGCCCGAAAUCACCCCUUCCCUCGCGCGCCUAGUCAUAAAGCAAGGAAAAUCAGUCUCCCUUCCACUGAAAUGGUUUACUAUAGGACAAUGUUGGCGAUAUGAGCGCAUGACCAGAGGAAGAAGACGGGAGCAUUACCAAUGGAAUAUGGAUAUCUUUGGUGUGCCUAAAGUUCGGGCUGAGGCUGAGCUUCUUCAGGCUAUUGUUCUCCUAUUUCAACGUCUUGGAAUUACAUCUUCAGAUGUGGGGAUCAGGGUGUCCAGCAGGAAGGUUCUUCAGGCUGUGUUGAACAUGUAUUCCAUACCAGAACAUUUAUUCACUGAAGUUUGUAUUAUUGUUGAUAAGUUGGGAAAAUUGACUAGGGAAGAAAUUGAGAAGGAACUGAUGUCAACUGGGCUGUCAUCUGAAGCUGUCCAGGGUAUCAUUGAAGUGCUUUCGCUCAAGUCAUUGUCCAAGCUUGAAGAGGUGCUAGGCUCUGGUGUUGAAGCUGUUGCUGACUUGAAGAAACUCUUCUCAUUUUCGGAGCAAUAUGGUUAUGCUGAUUGGAUUUGUUUUGACGCAUCAGUGGUCCGUGGCCUUGCAUACUACACAGGAAUUGUAUUUGAGGCAUUCGAUAGAGAAGGUAAACUUAGAGCAAUUUGCGGUGGUGGAAGGUAUGAUAGAUUGCUUUCAACAUUUGGAAGUGAAGAUAUUCCAGCUUGUGGCUUUGGAUUUGGAGAUGCUGUUAUAGUGGAACUGCUGAAAGAAAAGGGUCUGUUGCCUGAUAUGUCACGUCAGAUAGAUGACAUAGUCUUCCCUUUGGAUGAAGAGCUCGAAGGACCAGCAUCCAGUAUUGCUUCUUCUCUGAGGAAGAAAGGACGAGCUGUUGACCUUGUAGCAGACAAGCGUCUCAAAUGGGUAUUUAAGCACGCGGAGAGGAUCAAUGCUAGCAGGCUGAUAUUGGUUGGAAAUUCUGAGUGGGAGCGUGGUAUGAUUCGUGUAAAGAUACUAUCAACAAGGGAAGAAUUUGAGGUUAAGGCAGGCGACCUCGAGUGAGCUUUUGCUGAUUAGAAGACUUAAAGUUCCGAACGUCAUGCUUUCUUGCCAAGUUGUGUAGAUACAUAUAUACGUGGAAUAGAUACAGCUCAUGAUAUGAACCUUUGUUGUCAGAGUUGUAUUUUCAUUUGUUUGGUUUCAGUAAUUUAGUGUAAAGAGUCAUCAUCGGGAGUUAUUGUUAGAAUGCGAGGUGAGGCUUGCUUGGAUAAUGCUGGUGUGUUUGGAUGGAUCAAAUCAAACAGGAGCUAGCUAGCUUUGAGUUUAACCUGAUGUAACAACUUGGGGUUUAUAAUACUUAUAAUAGCCUACAGAAAGAUACUUAUCA